AUGUCAUCCAUCUGGGGCGCUUUUACAGGCGGCAACAAGCCGCAGCAGCAGCAGCCGCAGCAGCAGCAGAAUCAGCAUUACGACAGUCACGCAUCGACGUCGGUGCCGGCCUUUGACCCUUCAGAAGGUCAGGGCGUCGAGGGAUUCCUUCAGCCGUCGACAUUCGCCGACGCCACCCAGCUUCACCCCCUCGCUGGGCUGAACCAGGACACCCUCGAGUACCUGACGCUCGAGGACGGCGUGCUGUCGGACCUGUCGGGCUCGCAGUCAGUCCUGCCCUCACGCGGCUUCACCGACGACCUGUGCUACGGCACCGGUGUCACAUACCUGGCCGGCCUGACGGUCGGUGGCUUCUGGGGCCUCCAGGAGGGCAUGCGCAAGUCCGAGGGUCAGGCGCCCAAGCUCCGUCUCAACUCGGUCCUCAACUCGGUCACGCGCCGCGGCCCCUUUCUGGGCAACUCGGCCGGUACCGUUGCCAUCACGUACAACUGCAUCAACUCCCUCAUCGGAUCGCUGCGCGGGAAGCACGAUGCCGGCAACUCGGUGGCCGCUGGUGUCCUGAGUGGUAUGGUCUUCAAGAGCACCCGGGGUCUCAGACCUAUGCUCAUCUCCGGUGGUCUCAUCGGUGGUGUUGCCGGUCUCUGGGCGAUUGCUCGACGGUCCUUCUUCCCUGUUCCCAACCAGGAACCCAUCAGCACUUCGGACUCUCUCUAA